AUGUCUGACAACGGCGAGAUCGAGGUCGAGAACUCCGCCCUCUACGAGGUGCUUCCCAAGGAUGUUGUCAAGGAGGUUGGCAACGUCAAGCUCUUCAACAAGUGGGACUACGAUGUUGAGGUCCGCGACAUCUCCCUGACUGACUACAUUUCCCUGCGAAACCCCGUCUACGUCACCCACACCGCUGGCCGAUAUGCCACCAAGCGAUUCCGCAAGGCCAACUGCCCUAUCAUUGAGCGAUUGACCAACUCUCUGAUGCACCACGGCCGCAACAACGGAAAGAAGCUCAUGGCUGUCCGAAUUGUCGCCCACGCCUUCGAGAUCAUCCACCUUAUGACCGACCAGAACCCCAUCCAGGUCGCUGUCGACGCCAUCGUCAACUGCGGUCCCCGCGAAGACUCUACCCGAAUUGGUUCCGCCGGUACCGUCCGACGACAAGCCGUUGAUGUCUCUCCUCUCCGCCGAGUCAACCAGGCUAUCUCUCUCCUCACCACUGGUGCCCGCGAGGCCUCUUUCCGCAAUGUCAAGUCCAUUGCUGAGUGCCUUGCUGAGGAGCUUAUCAACGCUGCCAAGGGUUCCAGCAACUCUUACGCUAUCAAGAAGAAGGAUGAGUUGGAGCGUGUGGCCAAGAGCAACCGAUAA